AUGUCUACUGUGAUGGAUAAACUUACAUCAAGACAACCAUUAAAGGAUUCUUCUAAUUAUAAGAAUAAUUCAGAAAUGACGCCUUCCAAAUCGCGGUCACAAUUAUCGGUAGCACUUCCAAUUACUCAGAACACGCCACCUGAAAGCAUAUCAGCCAUCAGAAGACCUGAGACAAACCUAUUCGAGACCCCUACAAGACUUUAUAAUAUAGAUACUACUUCAUUGGUGGGCGAGUCUCAACAUUUAAUAAUGCAGUCAUCCUAUUUAUCUCCGGCUUUUUCGUCGCCAACCCAAAAGCAUACUCAAGAACAAAAUUCAGAGAAAUUAACUAGUUCUCCUAUAAGAAAGUCUUUGGAAACCAAGAAGCUGAAAUCAAAAGCAAAGUCAAAUACUUCUCCUGCUAAUACUGGUAGGUCCUUUAACUUGCAAUCAGAGGACAAACCCCCUUACUCAUAUGCAACUUUGAUCGGUAUUUCAAUAUUAUCUCACCCUGAAAAAAAGUUGACCUUAUCUCAUAUAUAUCAAUGGAUAUCGGAUACUUUUAAAUACUAUAAGAAAGGAGACGUUGGGUGGCAGAAUUCUAUAAGACACAACUUGUCGUUGAACAAAGCAUUUAUCAAGGGUGAGAAAUCUAAGGAUGGAAAAGGACAUUUCUGGUGUAUCAAGCCAGGAUGUGAGGAGCAAUUUUUGAAAAGCAGGAGUGUGAAGAAAAGCUCCUAUCAAGAAGUCAUGGACCAGAUCAAUCAUGCUUCCAAAAUAAAUGCUGAAGCUGCUGCAAGAGCGGCAGAAGAAAAAGCUGCUAAAGAAGCAACUGAGUCAAAGUUGAACAGCAAUUAUGGUCGUACAAACCUUGCAUCAUCUCCUAACUACCCCAAGCUGAAAAGGAAAUUAGAAUGUGAUGACGAAGAUGAUGACUUUGAGUAUGAUGAAGAAGAUGUCACUGUGAUUGAUCCGCCAAUGAAAAAACAGAAAGUAGCUACAUUGGGUGAACCUUGGCAGUCAAGUCCCCCUAUCAAAUCAACCAGUUCAAAUGACACAAGUGACACUGUUAAUGUGGCUGCAUCCAGUAGUGAAAGUAAAGUCAAUGCUGUGAUUACUACAACACCGAAAACAACUUCAACACCAAGAUUUGUCAUUGAUUCACCAAAUAGGCCAAUUCUUGCAGGAAAAAACCUUACAUACACUUCUUCAUUCAGUUGCAGCUCAAAUUUUGAACUUUCUCCAGUAAGACCACUUGAAACUGGUCCUCUUUUGGAACCCUUAACACCUGCAAAUAACAUUUAUCGGACUUUCCAAACUCAACAACAGCAACUGUUGCUGCUGCUGCAUGUGAUACUCCGGUCACGUACACCCAAAUCAACUAUUGUCAAAACACCAAUUAGAAACAUUCGUACUCCCCAAACUAGUUCUAUUGUUAGGAAGCUUUGGAAUUCUCCUUCAUACUUAGAUGAUUUUUAUUAUAGCCCGUUGAUUAAUAAUCUGAUUAAUCUAUUAGCGGUUUCAUCUAAUUCAAAACUAUCGACUAUUCAAGGAAGUUUUCUGUCGUAUGAUGAUGAUGAUAUGGUUUCAAGAAACUUCGAAAACCCUCAUGUCCACUCAUCGCCAAUAUUAGGUGUUUCAUCAGAUCGUGUUAUUGUUGUUGAUGAUAAAGAAGAAAGAAAGAAUUUGCUCCAGGAUUUAAAGAAUGUGGAGAAUAGUAGCAAAUCAAAGAGUUGA